AAGAACGUGACGGCGAUAGCUCACCUCCUGGUGACACAAUCAUAUCUCCCUCAUAAGACUUUUCCCCAACAAGCAUCCUCCCAUCAACGAACGUUCAUUUUCCUUUUAGAACAGCGGGGAAUGCUCGUUUCUCCCUUUUCUUUCUUUCUCUCUCUCUCUCUCUCUCUCUCUCUCUGUUCUUGCAAAACUUAAUUCCGUUCUGUAGGUUUUCAUAAUUUUCUGUUGACAAAAACAGACAAACGAACCAUGUAUCCUUCGUCCUCCUCCUCCUCCCCACAGAAAUCAACAGUCCCGAGCGGCCUAAUCCGGUACGGCUCCGCUCCAGGAUCGCUCCUUAACUCCGCCGUCGAAUCUGUCAUUGGAACUAGCCGUGAAUUCUCGACGCUCGGAUCACCGCUCCAACCGAACCUCGUUGGACAUUAUUUCUCCGGUGAUUCUUCUUCGCUGACCUCGGAAUCAACUUGCAAAGUCAGCUCAUCUAUCGAUCCAAAAGAGCACCGCAAAGGCGCGUUGAAGAGAUCCUACGACUUGAGUGAGAUGGCGCAAAGUAGCGCUGGUGGAUCUUCGUGUUUGGUUAGGCAGAAAAGUUCUCCAGCUGGUUUUUUCAGCCAUCUUUCCACUGAAAACGGUUUUUCUGUUACCAAUGUAACUGAAAACUUCAGUUCACAAGGGUGCUCGAAUGGUAGGCAUGGAGUAUCAAGAUUGAACUCUCAGCUGAGCUUCACCAGGCAAGAUUCUCUCUCUCAGAUCUCUGAAGUGAAUGAGGGUGUUAUCAAUGGAACUAGUAACAGACACCAAAAUGCUACACAUUCUUAUCCACCCGCUAGCUUUGCUAUGGAUUCCUGGGAGAAUGCAAGUUCAAUUGUAUUUUCCACUCAACCCAAUGAACGAGUUAAAAAUAUUGAAGGAGAUUUUUUUACUUGUCUCAACACCUUGGAGACCCAGUUUAGCCUGCCGCAAACAUCUCUUGAGAUGGCCACAGUGGAGAAACUACUAAACAUCCCUGAGGAUUCUGUCCCAUGCAAAAUUCGUGCCAAGCGUGGCUGUGCUACUCAUCCUCGCAGCAUUGCUGAAAGGGUAUGUCAUUGAUUAGAUGGAUAUCUUCCGUAUUAAAGUUGAAUGGAGAUUUCUUACACUUGAGUUAUUUAAAAUAUUUUUUAGUUUUUAAUUUCAAAAAACAAAAACAAAAAAUAAUUUUAUAAAAUAACGAAAAAUUAUCUUUUGGAAAUAAAACAAUGAAAACAUGGAAAACAACUUUACUUUUGUUUUCAAAUUUUCUAUUAGUUUCAUUUUAAAUUUUAUUUUUAAAGAGAAAACAAAAACAAAAAACAUUAUCAAGAUCCAAAAAGAAUCUUUGCUGAUUGCCUAGCAAGGCCCCCAGUGUCGGUCCACUCAUAAUAGAAAAGCAACUUAUUUGGUUAUCUUUAUUUAUUUAUUAUUAUUUUUUAAUAAGAUUCAUAAGUUUAUAAAGCUUAUGAUUGUUGAAAAAUAAAGAAAAUUUUGUGUAGUUAUUGUAUUUUUUUUUUUAACUUAAGAUCCACCUCAAUAAAAAAUAUCUUUGAUUGUGGCUUAAGAUAUAACUACCACACAAGAUUGAAAAGUAUCAUUUGGACAAAAAAUUAAUUUCCACCUUCUUGAACUCCAAAAUUGUUAUAAUUUUGCCGUCACCACAUGGAAUGAAUAUCUAUUCUCCAACUCGUAACAGAAUAUUUAAAUUCAAACAUUAGAAUCCAAAUUUGUUGAAUUUCAUUAAUGCAAUUAUAUUUAGCAUUAAUAUUAACCAUUCAGGAAGGCGAUUAAUAGUAAAGUAAUGACUGUAUUUGAUCUCUUCCUAAAACGAUAAAAACUUGAUCAAUUAUUUUUUAACUGAAUGACAGGUACUUGUGUGUUUUCGUAAGAGAUUGUAAAUUCGAUUUAAAUUACGUGUUCCCAUAUAUUAUCAUUAGAAAGUUGAGUUGUGUUUAAUGUGCAUUUAUUAUCUAAUCAAUUAAAUGUAGAGGUUUAUUUUUAUUCAUAAAGAUUUAAUUAAUUUGUCCAUUGUAAAACUUUAAAUUAAAUCAAUUUCUUUAAAAUAGAAUUCUUGAAAGGUCGCCGUCCAAUUUGUUGGGUAAAAUUUCCAAUACAACCAAAUUUUCUUAGAAGGAUCCAACGAAGUACGACUUGUGAGAAGAUUUAAAUUGCAUGCCUAAAGCCUUCACCAACACUAGAUUUCUUGAGCCCCUGCCUACAUUUGUAGUCAUACCUUAUUUGUAAAGGUGUAUGGGGAGACCUUUGUUAAUAAGAGGGAGACCUUGCCAAGUUAAGAUCAUAAUGGUCAAUAUUUGGUCUACACACAUUUUGAAUAUCCUCUUUGUAUCAUCAGCAUCAUUAUCUCCAAUAAAAAAAAAAAAUAAAAAUAAAAAAAAGUGGAAUCAUCAGCAUCACGCAUACCCCCAACCAUCUUUAUCAUCAUUUGCGCCAAGCUAGUGAUAGUCACUUCCUCUAUGAUCACUGAUGGGUUUUCCAAAGAUACUUGAUUCAAGUAGAUUUUUUUUUUGCAAUAUUUCUUUCAUUUGAUUUGGCUCUACAAUUUUGCCUUCUUGUGGUAACAAAUUCUUGUUUAGUUCUAUCAGUACAACCCCAGCAGAUUUUAGGUCUGACUAAUUAGUAAUUGCCUCAAUUUGCUUGAUUUUUUAUCCAGCAUUUUCUCCAAAUAAUUAAUUUGUUUGGCAACUUCUUCCAGCCUUUUAGAUUCUUGGGUCCUCUUGUUUUCAGAAACUAUCAUGGUGUCAGGUCGUUGGCUCUAAUACAAAUUAUAUAAGAAAACUUGAAGACAGAAUACAUAAUAGAGAAGGGAAAUAGCAGAGGGAGAGGGAGAGAAAGAGAUGAGAGAAAAUCCAGAAAGAGAGAGAUUUAACUGUGAGAAAAAAGAAUUCAGAAAAACGAGAAAGAUUUAACUGUGAAAAAACAAGUAAAAAAAGUAGCAGAUAGGAGAGAAUUCUAAUUUCAUUGAUUAAUACAGAUAGUUCCAUUCCUCUUUUAUAGGCCUACUGAUGUAAUUAAUUAUCCAACUAACUAUUUCCCGUAUACCAAUAUGAUAGUUUAAUCUUGGCUUAGUCAACCAUACUCUCCUGAUAGAUUUUCGCACUAGUUCCAUACAUAUACACUAUAUACCAUUCCUUGGUCUUUGUUUGUAAGUAGAAGGUGUUAGAUGAAUAAAUCUAUGACUCUAUUAAAGAGUGUCGUGUUGUAUGAAUUAAAUACUUUUGGCCUCAUCUUUAUUAUGAUCAAAAGACAAUAAUUAUUAAACAUAACUUGUUUGCUUAUUAAGAGAGACUAUGUGUAGCGCCCGGACCGAGGAAAAAAAAAAAAAAA